UCCGGUGCUCCCUCCCCCAUAUAUACCGGCUCUCCAGCUUCGCACCGCUGCACCAAACUCACCCAUCUCUUUCCCCCGCCAAGAGCAGCAACGAGCUGUGUGUUCUUGCUAGCUCUGAAGCUCAAGCGCGAGCUUGCUAGAAGAAGCAUCUCUCCCCAGUCUGCCAUAUAGCAGUACCAUGGCGGCAUCGGUGGCCUGCGCCUUCUUCUUCGACGCCGAGCCGGUGGGCGAGCCCGGCAUGCCGGCGCUGGACGCGUGCGCGCUCUGCGCCAAGCCGCUGGCGCGUGACAGCGACGUCUUCAUGUACAGAGGGGACACGCCCUUCUGCAGCGAGGAGUGCCGCCACGAGCAGAUGCACCUCGACGCCGUCUCCGCCAGGCAGGCCGCCCGGAGGGUGCAGCGGUUCUCGGCGGAGGCGGAGUGCCACCGUGGGCAGCGGCAGUCCAGGAAGGUGUCCAUCGCCAGCUAGCCGCGGAAAGUCUUUGUUUGGAUCGACAAGAUCUGAAUGAAUUCUGAAGAAAACAACCUCUGUAUUCUGAAGAACCAUCGAUGUCUCUUGGGAGGCGUCUGAUGUUUCCGUCUCUCCGGGUACCAGAUGCAGCCUGGCGCCGCCUACGAGAGGCAAGGCAGCCAGGCAGGGCAGCAUCAGGCGGCACCAAGCAUCAUAGGAGACUGUAGCUUUCCCCCAUGUGUCCAUGGCAAGCUAAUUAAGCUGCCCGGAUAGGAGGAAAUUCUACUUGUUCUUGAUCGAUCUGUGCUGUGCCGAUGAAGUGUUAUUUGAUUAGAAAUGAAAACAGAAAAGUAAACACCA